AUGCACGCAUCCAGCUUGGAUGGCAGCGAACCACCGGCAUCGGAUGACGCCAGUGCCUCGGAUCUCAAGCUUGCACCAGAUAACGCUGAUGAUGGUUGUGCUGGCGAAUUUCCGCAGCAUGAAGAGUGCGUGGCUGUACUUACCAUGAAGUGCGGCGAGCCACUAAUGGCAGUGCGCAAGAAGCUGCAUGAUGAGAUUCCGAUUACAUUUAUUCCAGAUGAAGGCUUUGGCGUCUUUCAAAGCAAGGUAGAGCGUCAUUACAGCAAACUCGGCCCAAACUACGUGCAAGAGCGUCGUGCUAUCUACUUAAAGCCAAGUAGCAACGCCACACAGUCCAAGUACGUACAGCUGACUAAAGAGAAUUUUGAUCCGUUGCUGCGUGUCCGCUGGAAAGUCGCGCGGAGCAUGAAAGUAGAGCUAAAGUACGAGAUCUUUAGCUAUUUUGUGGACACGACCACGAAAAGUGCCAAGAAGCGACUGUCAAUGAAAAUGUUUCAGCAGCAACAGCAACAAUUUACGGACGAAUCGAUCGGGACGAAUAAUUCAACAGGCGCCGCCGCGUCGCCCAAUUCGUCAUUUGUACCUUUUAAUCAGGCCGGAGCAGCCGGCUUUCCACUAAUUCAGAGCUAUGCAGACAUGUCAAUCGACGGUUCACUUACACCCGGUGGGAAUGCAGCAAAGAUAAAGAAUCUAGCAUGUUUAAAGAAUGGGGCGCGUGAUGAGCUUAUAUCGACAAGCGACCGACCCAGGAAGGUUGCACGAGGUAAACAGACGGCUGUUACUACAUCAGCUGCGGAACAGUUGCAACUGGAUGGAAGCGUCGACGAUUCAGUGUUCCACACGAUUCCGUUUCGAAUUAAUGGAUUCGUGGUACCGUUGGAGGUGGACGUCACUGCACUUAAAAGAAGUUUGGGGUUAAUACAGUCGCCAUCCGAUGUCUCCAGUGGUGGAAGCAGCUUGGGACAGUCGACGCAUAUAUGA